UCUGAAGUUAAAAAUGUAAACAAUAACAAGUGGUAUUUCUGUGUUUGUUUAUUUUGGAAUAUAAAUAUGAAGAAGUGAACGCAUAUGAAAAUCUUGUAUUUUCUCUUCACUUCGUUCUCAGUAUGUCAGGAAAAUUAGAAAUACAAUGGUCUCCGAUUCCUAACAAAUUCAUAACUUGGGGCACUGAAAUUUGUCUUCACCAGAUCCAACCGGUUACUAAUGAUAAUUCAUCUUCAUUUUUUAGGGUAUCUGACACUCAUUGUGCUCAACUGCUGACUACAAAUACAAACCACCAUUAUGUUAGAAGCAUUGAUAUUUAUCCAAAAUGUGAAACUGACUUGCUUCUAGCCAUUGGUCUCUCAAAUGGCAGAGUAUCAUUGACAACAUUUGGACCUUCUGAACAUGAUAUUCAUGGGUUCCCAGGAAAAGAACUAGUACCCAAGCAUAGUAGACACUGCAAUGCAGUCCUAUUUAAUCCAGUGGAUCACAACCUGAUAGCAGCUGGUUUGGAAAAAUAUAGAUCAGACAGCUCAAUUCUUAUAUGGGACAUUGAUAAAUUCACUUCAAAUGGAGAGUGCAAUAGUACUGGGAGAAUGGCUGUCAAUACCAUGGCUCCUGCAGUAGAGCUGGUGAAACCCAUUAUUGAAUUUGGCACUUCAGAGGCCACAUACGGAGUGUCCUGGUUCCAUGGGUCCAAUAGACUUCUUGCUGCUGGGAUGAAUGGCAAAAAUAUUAAAAUAUUUGAUUUGAGAGAUUCAAACAAAAUGGUUAAUUCAACUAUAACCAAAGCUGUCUAUGGUGUUUGCACUAAUCCCAAUGAUGACAAGUAUUUGGCUUCUUUUUAUGAUAACCAAAUUAGUCUUUGGGACAUGAGAAAUUUUGAAAAACCUGCUGUGGUAUUACCUCUGAAUAAGCCUUUAAUUAAAAUUGGAUGGUGUCCCACAAAGUUUAGUUCAUUGGCUGCCCUACAAAGGGACAGCUCAGUUAUAAAUUUGUUCGAGAUAAAACAGACGGUAAUAAGCAACGAGGAACUCGAACCGAAUGUUAUGGAGAGGAUUAUCACUCCUGGAUCUCCUCAUAACAUAACCUCCUUCGCCUGGCAUUCCACAGACGAAAAUAGGCUACUCACGAUAGCUGUUUCAGGCACGAUUAAAGAUUACACAGUUUUCGAUAGAAUAACGAUUAACGGUGCAGCGACGACCGGCUUAGUUUGGUCUCAGGGACGCAAAACACUCAGGUACAUUGAGGAAUCCGUUAUUGGAGACAUUGCUCAUGAGAUCAAAGCGAGAGCCAGAGCUCGAUAUGGCUUGCAGGAAGAAUACACUAAAAAUGGGGAAAUCGUGAGGAACAAUCUGUCGCUGGCGAACGUUUGGAAUUGGUUGAGAUUGACGGAAAGAUUGGUGGAGGAGUGUAUCAUCAAAGAGAGCGAAAUGAGGCAUCCCGGAGUGAUUUCCGUUUUGUAUAACAUCGACGGAAACGUGAAAAAAUCCGAGGUUUUGACAGUGGCUUGGAGCGAUUUGGGAUAUCCCAAUUGCCAAAGUUCAGCUAAAUAUUACAGACACGAAGACAGAGACAGGGCGCUACAGUUAUGUAGCUGGCCACUGGAAAGAGACUCUCAGUUCCUUGCUGAUUUUAUUGAACACUUAGAAAAGGCGGGAGCAUAUACGAGAGCUGCUGCCAUUGCAGUUUUCAAUCUUAAGGUCCAAUUGGCGAUCGAAAUUUUGGGCAGAGCCCCCACCGACACCGAGUACGGCUCGAAUUUGAACGUAGUAGCGAUGGCGUUAUCGGGCUUUUCCGACGAACCGAACAGCAUGUGGCGCCAAAAUUGUUUGGCCUGCAUCAACAAACUGAGCGAUCCCUAUUUGAAGGCCAUGUUCAGCUUUCUCACCGCCACCGAUUCCAAUUAUCACGACGCAUUGAACGAAAAAGGUAUAGCUGUCGACGAUAGAGUAGCUUUGGCCUCCCUGUAUCUACCUGACGAUAAGUUACCAGAAUAUUUGAACAAAUUAUUGGACGAAUUGUGCAGUGAAGGAAAUCUGGACGGACUGCUAGUAACAGGUAACAGUGCCGAAGGACUGAAACUAUUGCAAAAAUAUCUGGAUAACACGGCGGAUAUUCAAUCAACGACUCUGAUUGCGACUAGAGCUUUCCACCAAUAUUUAGGAACACAGCUGGUGAAAAACUGGAUAGCCAAUUACAGGGAUUUGUUGAACAUUUGGCGAAUGUUUCACGAACGGGCCGACUUCGACAUAAUGCUAGCCUCGUUCAAGCCUUCCGAAAAGCCUCCGCAACAGGUGUACGUGUCAUGCAAUUUUUGCGGGAAAAGCAUUUCAGCUUUCCUUUCCGGGCAGGACCGGAACAGACAGCUGCUGCACAAGUCGGCCUCCGGAAAAAUAAAGUUGUCUUCGUGUCCGAAUUGUCGAAAACCUUUGCCGAGAUGCGCCAUUUGUUUGCAACACAUGGGCACAAUUACAGCAGGCGAAACCGGUACCAAAUUGACGCCGUUCGAAGAGUGGUUUUCCUGGUGUCAAACGUGCAGGCACGGCGGUCACGCGGGACACAUUUGCGAAUGGUUCGAAGAACAUCAAGAAUGUCCAGUAAGUGGUUGUAGUUGUAGGUGCUUUGCUAUCGAUGCAAUAGCUGCACAAUCUUCAGUGAAACAAUUAUGUGUUGAUAACUGAAUUGUAUAAAUAUAUUAAGGAUCAUUUUUUAUAAAAUGGUAUUUUUCUUGUGUAGGUAUUCCUAUUUUUACAAUACUGUAUCAAAGCUAUACUAAGAAAACAUUUCUGGAGUGUU